AUGGAAUUAUUGGUCGAAUCCCCAACAGUGGCCAAGUCUGGACAGAGGGUGAUGUCAAUCUCACCCUAUCAUCUAAAGAAAUGUCUUUCGUUCAAUGACAUCUUGAUGACUAGUACGCCGCAGACCCCAGUGGACAAUAGUCUCUCUACCUUUUGUGCUCAUGACAAUCAAUCACCUCUGCCCAAGUUUGAACUUGAGCUCGAGGACGACCAGGAAGAGGAGUGCGAAUUGCAGUUGAAGAAAUCAUCACAAACGAUCAAACAACUAUUACAACAACAACAACAACAACAACAACAUCAUCAUCCUCAACUUGCCACCAAUUUGAAAUCGAUCAAUGGCAAUAACCUUAACAAUACAAUAACAGCAGCAGACACACAACCACCAAUUAUCACACCACCUCCACAAUUGCAGCCAUCCAACUCAUGUGGCUCCAUACGACACACUUUAUACAUGCCAAAGUUGGACACUGACUCUUCACAGAAUACACCCAACGAAAGCUGCUCUUCCUCACCGUCCUCUUCAUCGAACCGCACCUUCUUCUCAUCAACCGCAUCGACAACCAAUGAAUCUCCACGCAACAGAUUAAUCACUACCAACCAGCAGCAACAACAACAGUCACUUUGUAGCUCAGUAUCACCAUUGGCCAAUAGCUCCGUGUACGGCAUAUCACCAUCAAAGACCGUUCUACUCCGAGUGAAGCUACCACUUUCUCAUCCAUUGAUAUCCAAAGUGUUUCGAUUCCCAUUGCACUUUACCAUCAGCGAGAUGAUGGACCAAGUCCACAAGAUGGUACGAUUGGAGAAUAGAGUCAACUUGAUCAUAGUACACAAGCAGUCUAUUCUUCCGCACAACCAUCCACUGUCCAACUAUUUUGUCAACGAUGAUGGAAUCCUACCAUUGGUCGAGGUUCGUGAGAUCACCUCCCUAUCCUCCACCAAACCUACCGUGCUCAGCAACACCACCUGUCAAUCAGCCAACAACAAUCCACAAGCUACAAACACACCGCCACGACCCAAGCUCUUGCACUCGAGUUCAUUUAAGAAUCUGCUCAACUCUAUGCCAAAUCCACAGACCAACAGGAAGCGCAACAGCAACACCAAGGACAGCUUCCUAUUCCAGCCACCACUACCCUCGUACACCACCGAGCUGGAUAAUCUGUUCUGGAUCCACUCACCAGAUCAACACACCAAGGUGAUUCCGUGUCUGCAUCUCAAGUGGCGCUCCAGUGACGGCCAGGAUUCAAAAUACACGAUCCUAUACAGUGGCGGCGAUCGAGAGGAUCUGGGACUGGUUCGCAAGAGCCUACGCAUACUCUCUGAUAUUCUACUCUGUAACAUUAUCUGCUACGACUACACUGGCUUUGGUUUGAACUCAAGUGGCAAGCCAACCAUGAAGGAGUUGCUCAACGAUAUAUCAAUUGUUUAUAACUAUUGUAUCAAUAACCUAAGUAUCCCAUCAUCAAACAUUAUCCUAAUGGCCAAGUCAAUUGGAACAAUAUGUAGUCUACAAUUUGCAGGAGAGUUAUAUCCUAGACAGACUAGUAGGACCAAUAUUGGAUAUGGAAGUAUUGGAAGGAGUCAGAAGAAGCCCGUUGUUGUUGUACAUACACCUACAAAGGAGGAGAGCGCAACCAAACAGCCAUUGGGUGGACUGAUCCUCCUGAGCACCUUUGUCCCAAACAGCAUCAGUGAGAACAUUGUAAAUAUCAAGGGUGCCAAGAAACUGUCCAAGCAAUUCCAGAAUCUAUUCAAGUAUAUCCCAGUGAAGGACGCCUCACACUGGAACCUGGACAGCGCCUAUCUGGACGACUAUGAUGACCACAUCAUCGACUUUUUAAAGUCAAUCUCUCCUGAAUCGUUCAAUCGCAAGGAACGUGAGCUGCCUUCAUCUUACGCCAUGUCUCCAAGCAAGGUGGUGGGAUCGUGGCUGCAUCGACUCAACUUGGGCGAGUACACAGACAGCUUCCUGGCAGCCGGUUACUUUGAAAUGGCAUCGAUUGCCUCUCUCGACAAGAAUAUGUUGGAACUGUUAGGAAUUGAAGAGCAGCAUAUGUCUACCCUUUUGGAGGCCAUUAGCAAGAUACCAAACAACCGACACUCAUCUGGCAGCAGCUCUGGUAGUGGUGUUGUAUCAUCAACAUCAUCGUCCUCUUCUUCGUCAGCAGAGGAUCUA